AUGAGCCUGAUAUUAGAGCUGAUAUUAGAUAAUGAGCCUGUAUUAGAGCUGAUAUUAGAGCUGAUAUUAGAUAAUGAGCUGAUAUUAGAGCUGAUAUUAGAGCUGAUAUUAGAUAAUGAGCUUGUAUUAGAGCUGAUAUUAGAGCUGAUAUUAGAGCUGAUAUUAGAUAAUGAGCUGAUAUUAGAGCUGAUAUUAGAGCUGAUAUUAGAUAAUGAGCUUGUAUUAGAGCUGAUAUUAGAGCUGAUAUUAGAUAAUGAGCCUGUAUUAGAGCUGAUAUUAGAGCUGAUAUUAGAUAAUGAGCCUGUAUUAGAGCUGAUAUUAGAUAAUGAGCCUGUAUUAGAGCUGAUAUUAGAGCUGAUAUUAGAUAAUGAACCUGUAUUAGAGCUGAUAUUAGAGCUGAUAUUAGAUAAUGAGCUGAUAUUAGAGCUGAUAUUAGAGCUGAUAUUAGAUAAUGAGCCUGUAUUAGAGCUGAUAUUAGAGCUGAUAUUAGAUAAUGAGCUUGUAUUAGAGCUGAUAUUAGAGCUGAUAUUAGAUAAUGAGCUGAUAUUAGAGCUGAUAUUAGAGCUGAUAUUAGAUAAUGAGCUUGUAUUAGAGCUGAUAUUAGAGCUGAUAUUAGAUAAUGAGCUUGUAUUAGAGCUGAUAUUAGAGCUGAUAUUAGAUAAUGAGCUGAUAUUAGAGCUGAUAUUAGAUAAUGAGCUUGUAUUAGAGCUGAUAUUAGAGCUGAUAUUAGAUAAUGAGCCUGUAUUAGAGCUGAUAUUAGAGCUGAUAUUAGAUAAUGAGCCUGUAUUAGAGCUGAUAUUAGAGCUGAUAUUAGAUAAUGAGCUUGUAUUAGAGCUGAUAUUAGAGCUGAUAUUAGAUAAUGAGCUGAUAUUAGAGCUGAUAUUAGAUAAUGAGCCUGUAUUAGAGCCGAUAUUAGAGCUGAGAGGACGUAGGAUCGGCGUCCAGACAACAUGCUGUUAAUCAUUUAAUGCUCAUCAUGGAUGUAUUGAUUAUUGAUCUGUGGAGCCGUCCACUGUGAGUGACCGAUUCUUCCUUCCUGAAUAGGCCUUUUUCACAGCAGCCACUUUCACAUGAAGCAGUCGGGUAAACCCGCCCGUGUUUAUCCAACUGUCUCAGGUCAAGAUGUCUGCUGUGAAAAAGGCCACAUUCAUUUGACCUGUGAAGCAUCUCCAGGUCUGUUUGCUAAUGAUCAAUGUCAAUCAGUUCUGUUAAUAAUCAAUAGUAUUGUUCCCUGCUGUUGUAU